AUGGACGCGCUGGCCCGGCUGCUGCCGCCGCUGCUGCUGCUGCGAGCGCGGCUCCCCCGCGGCGCCAGGGCCAUGAGCGACAUCGGGGACUAUGUCGGCUCCAACCUGGAGAUAUCUUGGCUCCCCAACCUGGAUGGCUUGGUGGAGGGCUACGCCCGCAACUUCCGGCCCGGCAUCGGAGGGCCCCCGGUGAACGUGGCCCUGGCCCUCGAGGUGGCCAGCAUCGACCACAUCUCGGAGGCAAACAUGGAGUACACCAUGACCGUGUUCCUGCACCAGAGCUGGCGGGACGGCCGGCUCUCCUACAACCACACCAACGAGACUCUGGGCCUGGACAGCCGCUUCGUGGACAAGCUCUGGCUCCCGGACACCUUCAUCGUGAACGCCAAGUCCGCCUGGUUCCACGACGUGACUGUGGAGAACAAGCUGAUCCGGCUGCAGCCCGACGGGGUCAUCCUGUACAGCAUCCGGAUCACGUCCACGGUGGCUUGUGACAUGGACCUGGCCAAGUACCCCAUGGACGAGCAGGAGUGCAUGCUGAACCUGGAGAGCUACGGCUACUCGUCGGAGGACAUCGUGUACUACUGGUCGGAAAGCCAGGAGCAGAUCCACGGGCUGGACAAGCUGCAGCUGGCCCAGUUCACCAUCACCAACUACCGCUUCACCACGGAGCUGAUGAACUUCAAGUCGGCCGGCCAGUUCCCGCGGCUCAGCCUGCACUUCCACCUGCGGAGGAACCGCGGGGUCUACAUCAUCCAGUCCUACAUGCCCUCCGUCCUGCUGGUCGCCAUGUCCUGGGUCUCCUUCUGGAUCAGCCAGGCCGCCGUGCCCGCCAGGGUGUCUCUGGGGAUCACCACGGUGCUGACGAUGACCACGCUGAUGGUCAGUGCGCGCUCCUCUCCCCGGGCCUCGGCCAUCAAGGCCCUGGACGUGUACUUCUGGAUCUGCUACGUCUUCGUGUUCGCGGCGCUGGUGGAGUACGCCUUCGCCCACUUCAACGCCGACUACAGGAAGAAGCAGAAGGCCAAGGCCAAGGCCACGCCGCGGAGGGCAGAGGUGGACGUGAAGAACGCCAUCGUGCUGUUCUCCCUGUCGGCCGCCGGCGUGACCCAGGAGCUGGCCGCCACCCGCAGGCAGUGCUGCGUGUCGGGCAACCUCAUGGGCUCCUACCGGUCGGUGGAGGUGGAGACGGGGGAGACAAAGAAGCAGGGGGGGCCCCUGCCGGGCGGCCGGGGGGGCCUCCGAGCGCUCCUCAAGCCCAUCGACGCGGACACCAUCGACAUCUACGCCCGCGCCGUGUUCCCGGCGGCCUUCGCCGCGGUCAACGUGGUGUACUGGGCCGCCUACACCAUGUGAGCCCCGCCCGUCUCCCGGGGCACCCGCCGCCUGCGCCCACGC